GUGUUUCGCAAAGCGCGGCCACCAAUCACUCCACAGCAACUGCCAGACAUAAACUGUGCACUCGUUGUGCAUUCAAACCUUUGGGGACUGCCGCGUUCUGCGCUUAGGCGCUCGAGCGGCAAAAAAAAAAACAGCGCGGCGGCAACGAAGCCAGCGCACCUCGGUAUUGUCCGCCUGCUCUCCUUUGAGGAGGAGGCGACGACUUUAAAGGGAGAGGAGGAUGAAGAGGCGGACGAGGAGGAAGCGAUCCAGGGAAGGCAGGAGGAGGGGCCGCAUCUCCUGGACGAGGCCCCCGCGGGCGGGGGGGUCCGCGCGCACAACGGGCUGGCACCGCCCGAGCGAAGGGCACGGCCAAGACGUGCACGCACGAGCGACAGGCAAACCACUCGAGACAGCCCGGCAGCAGACGCUGGCCGCAACCGACGGCGGCCACCGUCGGGCAGGCGGGCCUCCUCGGACGGGCCUCGCCCGCGGCGACGCCAAUAACGAGCCAUGUCCGACGUGGGCAACGAGCUGGCUGGCGAUUCGCAGGGCGCGUGUGCCCCGCGGGGCCUGCGCGGCGCCGCGCGCCGCGGGCGUCGGGGGUUCAGCGGCACCUCCGGUGGUCACUGCAGGAUGCCGUGCUCGCGGAGCGCCU